CGAUUGGUCGACUGGACGCCGACGUCACAGUUCCAUCCACAGCGUCACUGUUUCGUUUGUUAUAACCGUGACCGUUAUAGUUUUUUCCGGCGAUAAAGAGGUGAAACUAUUUGAUGUCUAGUGCAGCGAGUAACUUCUCAUUCUGUUUAUUUACCACGGUGAAGCAGGCAGGCGCUGCUCUGAGACACCUAAAGCAGCGCCGCUGAUGCGCUUGAGCUCUUCCGCGUUGGCGAGCGCGUGCAGGUGCCGUGUGUGUGUGUGUGUGUGUGUGUGUGUGUGUGUGUGUGUGUGUUUCUCCACGUCACUCACGUCCUCGCGAAACAACCGGAGGCACCGAUUAUCGGUUUAUAGGUGAGCACUCGCUGCACGGCUAACGGCAUGUCACUGCUGGACUCUGACGACAGCUACGAUUUAGUCUUCAAAAUCGUUCUUGUUGGAGAUGUCGGUGUCGGCAAAACUUGUGUGGUUCAGCGUUUCAAGACCGGGAUAUUCAUCGAAAAACAAGGGAACACGAUCGGUGUGGAUUUCACCAUGAAGACGCUGGAAAUACACGGGAAGCGGGUUAAGUUACAGAUUUGGGAUACAGCUGGACAGGAGCGGUUUCGCACGAUCACACAGAGUUACUACCGCAGCGCCAAUGGUGCCAUCAUCACUUACGACAUCACAAAGAGAGCCUCUUUCAUGUCUGUGCCCAAGUGGAUGGAGGAUGUGAAGAAAUAUGGGGGUUCCAACAUUGUUCCUCUGUUAAUUGGUAAUAAAUCAGACUUGCCCGACUUGCGUGAAGUUCCACUUGAGGACGCACAGACCAUGGCUCAUCAGCUGGAUUUUGUUAGUGCCAUCGAGACUUCAGCCAAGGACUCUAGCAAUGUGGAAGAGGCAUUUAACAAAAUGGCCAGUGAGCUCAUUCUCAGACAUGGCGGGCCCAUGUUCACUGAAAAUGUAACGGACAGCUUUAAACUCAACAGCAAGGAUGUGACCAAUGAGGGCUGGGGAUGUGGGUGUUGAUGAAGCAAUAAAAAGCUUUGGUUCUCUUACCACUCACGCAGUUAUAUAAAUUGGGUCCUGUCAGGCAGAUGCUGAAUUUGAAGCGGGAGACGCUAAGGAUACAUUUCUAGGAGUGGCUUAUAAAAGACACCUACAGUUGAACGUAACAGUGAAGACGCUGGGUAGAGACCAUUUUGAUUGCCAAGCACAAAAUUGCCAUGCUUUUUUAAAAAUCAUAACCAGCCAAAAUUUGUUCAAUUAUUUUCAAAACCCAGUAAGAAACAAUUUGUUUCUCCAUUGAACGCAAAAUUGCUGUGCGACGUGACACAAUCAGCCAAUCAGAUCGUGUUUGAUGUUUAAUGUGCAGUUAUGUGUAGCAAGACUUUGGACAAAUGAGAUUUCACAAUGGGCGGGGCUUCCUAGAGAUACAACUAACAAAUAGAAACCAAGCUGUUGACAAAAUAUCCCAUCGCUUGUUGGACCGGCUGUUAAGAUUCGACACUGAACUAUUUCGCAUUCCAUUUGUAGUAAAUGAAAUGUGUCGUCUAGCCAGACUAAGGUCUACUGCCACUUGCUUAAUCUUCCUAAUAGUUAUGUAACCGUUUCAAGACCUUUUGUAACAACGGCUCAGCAAGGCUUAAGUCAUUGUCAUCAAUAUUUCGACAUGUUAUAGCUACUCAAGAUUUCAAGUGCAGAUGCAGCAGUGGUAGUGUGAAAAUGUUGAAAUGGACAUAUGCACCGGAACACACACAUCUAUUCCACGGAAGGGAAUUUCUGUAGAGGUUAUUGGGUUCGUGACCAGAAAUCUCUCAUUCUCCAUUGACUUGACUGACCUGAAUUCUCAGUAUGGUAUCAACAGCCACGGUCCGAAGACAUUUUGCCAAUGUUUUCAGUACGUUUUUAAGAUUUAAAGAAAAAUGCAACCUUUUUAAGAGUGCAUUCAAUAAUGAAGGUAGCCAGGUUCUGUUGUAAAUGAGUGGCCAUCUGCAGUUCUCUAGGGUAAAUUGGUUUGAAUACAAUGUG